AUGUUCAGCGUUCAUCUAAUAGUCAUCGACAUUAUGACUCUUUUGACUUCAUUUUUAGGAAACACCUUCAUUCUCGUCGUGAACGCCCAAGAAUGGGUAAAAAACAAAAAUAUCAGCAUGUCUGAUCUACUUAUUUGUGGCAUCAGCUUCUUCAGCUCCCUCUAUGAAGUCCUUAAACUUUGCAGCUAUAUUUUGCUGGUACCUCUUAGCCAUUUGGUCUUCACCUAUGACGUCCAGAGGAUGAGCACGGUUGUGUGUCUGGCAAUAAUGUCUUGUAACAUCUGGAUUUCCACUUGGCUUUCUGUAAAUUUUUGCUUCCGAAUCGUGAGCAUCCGACACCGGUUCUACAUAUAUCUCCAAAGACGUUUCCCAAAGAUGAUAACUUGGCUUCUUGUUCCAUCCGUUCUCGUUUCCUUCUUGUUGAGUCUAACUUUCUCGUGGGAUGUAUCAGAGACACAUUGGUCAAAUGUGGCCUUUAAUUCUUCCUCAAAAAAUGCGUCUUCUUUAGUCAUUGCACCAAGAUGUGUUUGCUGGUAUGAAGCUUUUAUUGUUUUUUCUUCUUUGGGUUUCCUUCUAUCUAUAGCAUCACUGGUAACCAUCAUCGGAUCUAUCUACAGACACAUGAAGCAGAUGCGAAGAAGUGGGGAGAGCUUCCACAACCCGAAUCUGAAUGUCCACAUCAGAGCUACAAAAACUAUCGCUUUGUUACUUGUCGUCAAUACGCUCUUCUGUUAUGCUCUGACACUGACUGCACUCAAAGGGAAUGAUUCUCAAUGGGUCCUCUAUAUUUACAUUUUUACCUCUUUUUGCUAUGCCCUAAAUUCUUUGAACAUCAUACUGGGAAAUGGAAAGCUGAAAAGGAAAUUUGUUGCUGGCUUUGUUCCCUGUUCUUGCAAUGGAAUACAGAAUAAUACCUGA